AUGGACGUCACUCCCGAGCUGCAAAAAGCCGUGCAGGCUGUGCUCGAUGACACAUCCGUCCCGCUACUCAGCCGGUGGCAGCGAGUAGCUGACAAGUUGGUCGAGGGUGGACUGGCAUGGCGGGCGAAGUUGCAAGCGAGCAGCAUGCUGGUCCACAACCACAACAGGGGCGGUCUCGGUGUCAGUGGACAUGGGUGCCACCUGAAAGGCGAAGCCCUGGCCAAAAGCGGCUUCGACAUGAAAUUCCUCCAUUCAGCUGUCUGUUUCGAGAUCAGCCACGAGCCGAGCCGACUGGCUGAACAGCUGGAGUUCAACCGUAAGUUGGUGGAGCAAGCCUCCGGGCUCUUGGCGCCGCUGCAGGGUGCAGAAAGAUACUUGUCCGUGAGUUGCGGGCACACAACUCAGUUUGUGAAGGCCGUCCUCUGCAGCUGCCAGACACCCGUGCUGUCUCUCGCCGACCAGACAGGCCGACUGAACAGGGAGGCCCUGGGCAGAGAUAGCCAUCUGAAUGAGAUGCUCUCCGAAGGGUGGACUUGGCUGGUGAUUAGCUCUCGGGCUGAGUCCGCCUUUCCGCAGCUGCCUUCAUUGGCCGAAAAGGCAAUGAACAGCUCCAACUCAGCUUUCACGGCGACGAUGGAAGUAGAGAGCAUGCUUCAUAUGCAGGAGAUCAUGCAGAAGCAGAUCGCUGAGGGCAAGGAGAUCGAUGUUGAGGCCGUCGCCUCCGAGGUGGUGCCUGUUGGGACGACAUUGAUGCAAUACUCUCCGUUUUUGUGCCGAUGGCUCGAAAAGUUCAGCGACGGCGGAAAGUUUCUCACCCAGUUCCUUUCGCCGUUUAGCCGAGAGCAUGGAGGCAACUGUAAUCUGGGAGAAGAUUUUUGGGCCAUGGCCGCAGGCAGAGGCACUUUCGCUGGCAAUGCGGCAAUGCCAAUGGUUCGGCUGGCCAUGCUAGCGACCAACUAUGCAGCUCCUGGGCACAAGAUGGUUGACGGCUAUGCGAAGCUGAUCGUCCAGGCUGACUGGACCAAAAUGAAAAGCGCCAAAUUUCAGCCGAAGGUGAAUGAGAUGGAGCAGCAGCUCUACGAGUGCUGGCGAGUGGCAGAGAAGGAGCUUCCGAGCUUGGACUCGGUCCGCACCUUCGGCAAGUGCUGCAUUCGCAUGGCACUCCAUGUGCUCCAGAAAGAGAAGAUGGGUCGAGAGGCCAAGACGUACAAGUCCCUUGCGGAGAUCCGGGCACUCUUCAAUGACCAAAUGGCUGGGGUGGCUGCUGCCUUGUCACCGCUACAGCAGAAAAAAAAUGCAGGAGCCAGUGUGGCUAGCUUGAGCGAGAACUACGACCCCCUCUACCAAGCGAUGCAGCAAAUCAAGCUGGAACUUGGCAUGAACUACAUCAUGGAGGACAGGAUGUGGAAGCUCGUAGCUAUGUCAUCGGCCACUUUGUCUCUAGAGCUUUGCGAUCUCUUCGAGGCGGAGAGCAGGGACAUCCCGACGGUGAAGGCGGUCAAGCUCCUCAAGGCCACGAAGCAAUCAGCUCCCGAGCUCUUGCCGGCUACAAUCUGCAAGAACAGGGAUGUGCAGCACCUGUUUGCUAUGGAGGCCAUGCAAGCCGCUGCCUGGGUUUAUUUGCUGAAACAGGCGGAGAAGUACGACAAGUUGUGGAACUACAUUUGCUUGGAUGGCACAGGCAAAAAAGCUUACACUUCUGUGAAGAUUCCCAAAGGCGGCCUCAUGCUGGUUCCCUCGACAGAUUCGCCCCACAAGCUGGUUCAAAAGGAGCCCGAUAAGAAAAAGCCAUACGGCUUCUUCAAGUUCGGAGGGACGGAUUUCUAUAUCCUUCCACCCGCCAUUUAUCGAAAGGGUGACGGCUUGGCGAAGCCAGACACUGGGAGCACGUGUGCUUACUGGUGGGUGCAGAGGGGCCAAACAGCAGGGUCGCAGGAUCCAUGCUGCAUGGAGGAGCACGAGUGGCAAGUGGGCAAGAACAACAUGAUCGUCGUGCUCCAGAACUCCGUGCCGAUGGAGAAGCACACCCUCCUCACCAUGGAGGUGGAGGAAGAGGAGGAGCAGAAUAGUCGACCUGCGAAGAAGGCCAAGAAGUGA